AGAAUGUUUAAAUAUUUAUUACACUGCCGUCUGGAGAAAACCGCAACACUGUCUGGAUCUCCGCUGCCCCUCUCCAGAUGUUCAAUAAUCAGAAGGAUUAUGGCGACGCAGCCAAGGAGCAUUUCGAACUUAGAUAGCCUACCAAUCAGACGAAUGUCUGUUAAAAUCAACAUGGAUCUUUGAGAUGUGCCUUCACUUUGCUCAUUCUCUGGAAAAAAGACGAGGUAACAUUUUAAUAAACACACAUACAUCAGAUUGUAAUUGGGUUUCAUCAUUAUUAAUUGGCGUUAAAUUAUGUUUUAAAUUGUGACCGGAGCUUGAUUCAAGUAAAUAAGUGAUUGCGUAUUGCGGGGCCCGCCCCCCUAGGGGACCGGGUUAGCUAAAGAGACUAAUUAGGAGACUCCACGUGAGACAGUUCCGCUGCCAUCAACCCUGUCGGACCGCGCGCCCUCAUCCCCAACCAGCACGGUAGCGUGCAGGCAACAACUUCAUACAUCUGAACAUUUCAAGACUUAGCUGUAUUGUUUUAAUUUCACAAUGGCAUUCCGCAUUUUGAUUCUUUUUUCUAUUUACGGAGUUCUCAAUGGCCAAGAGGCGCGAGACCCCAUCUCCAUGGACGACUGUUGUAAGGACGGCCGAGAGAGAGCUCUGGACAGCCAGGACUGCACGGCCCUGCCGCUCAUCUCCGAGUCCAGCACCUGCAGGAUAGCUCAGGAGCAGUGCUGUGCGGCCGUGCUGGAGGACACCAGCUGUACCAGUGGCAUCAACAUGGCCAAGGAGCAGGGGGCUUGCGAAGCGCUAUUCACCGCUAGCACCUCCACCUGCGAAGCCAAGACGGCUAAGAUGUGUUGUGACUGCUGCCUGCUGGGUAGGGCGGCCCAGGAGACUGGUGUGCCGUGUGACCUGAGCCUGGCGGUGGGCUACCAGUGUGGCCUGGUGAGCCGCGCCUGCUGCAGCCAUGCGGAGGGCAACAGCACCACGGACGCCAGCAACGUGCUCGACGAGGCCACUCUACCAGGUUCAGGCCUGGUUAAAACUAAUGGAAACUCAGCCACUCAGCUCCCACUCAGCGAUGCGUGCCAAGAGGCUAAAUGUGGUCAGAAGUGUGAAGGUAAUGGCACCUGCCUGUGCCACUCGGGCUUCAAACUCAAACCAGAUGGGAGGUCAUGUGACGAUAUAAAUGAGUGCCUGCUGGGGGCCUACAGCUGCAGGGCAGGGGAGCGCUGUAUCAACACUCUGGGAUCCUACAGAUGCCAACGCGACGUCAGCUGCGGCACCGGCUACGAGCUCACCGAUACCAACCUCUGCAAAGAUAUUGAUGAAUGUGAAACCGGCACACACAACUGCCCGGGUGAUUUCGAGUGCCAGAAUACGCCGGGGUCUUUUCGCUGUCGGCCCAAAGUGCAGUGCGGACAGGGCUUCAUCCAGGAUGCCUUGGGAAACUGCAUAGACAUUAAUGAGUGUCUGAGCCAGAGUGGUCCGUGUCCGACCGGCCAGACGUGUUUCAACACCGUGGGCUCCUUCACCUGCCAGAGGAACUCAGUCAGCUGCGGACGAGGAUACCACCUCAACGCAGAGGGCACACGCUGUGUAGACGUUGAUGAGUGUAAGCAGCCGGAGGGUGUGUGUGCUGACCAUGGCUGCAUCAAUCUGGUGGGCUCGUACCGCUGUGAGUGCAAGAGUGGCUACGUCUUCAACAGCCUCACCAGGACCUGUGAAGACGUCAACGAGUGCAGGCACUACCCUGGACGCCUGUGUGCCCACAAGUGUGAGAACAUGUUGGGGUCCUACAAGUGCAGCUGCACCACGGGCUUCAAGCUGUCUGCUGAUGGCAGAAACUGUGACGAUGUUAACGAGUGUGAGAGCAAUCCCUGUAGCCAAGAGUGUGCCAACGUCUAUGGGUCCUACCAGUGCUACUGUCGCCGUGGAUACCAGCUCAGCGAUGUAGACGGCAUCAGCUGUGAAGAUAUCGAUGAGUGUGCUCUCCCCACCGGAGGACACAUCUGUUCCUAUCGCUGCCACAACAGCCCCGGCAGUUUCCACUGCACGUGCCCGGACUCCGGCUACACACUGGCACCCAACGGACGCAGCUGCCAAGACGUGGACGAGUGUUUGGCCGGCUCUCACACCUGUCAGGGCACGGAGAGCUGCUUCAACGUGCAGGGAGGAUUCCGCUGCCUGUCCUUCGACUGUCCUCAAAACUACAGACGCUCAGGGGAGACUCGUUGUGAGCGCUUGACUUGCAAUCAGAAUAGCGAGUGCCUGGGCAUGCCAGUGAGAAUAACACACUACCAGCUCACCUUCCCCAUCAACAUCCCCACCCCCACCGUCAUCUUCCGGAUGGGGCCCUCGAACGUGCUGCCCGGCGACAGCGUCCGCGUCUCCAUCGCCGAGGGCAACGAGGGGGGCUUCUUCGGCGUGGAGAGCGGGCCCUCUGGUGGCGCCAUGCUGGUCCAGAAGCCCAUCACACAGCCCAACGACUUCCAGCUGACGCUCCUCAUGAAGCUGACGCGCCACGGCCUGCUCACCACAUACAUGGCCAAAGUGCGCGUGUUCGUCACCGAGCUCAGCCAGCCCAACGCCGUGACGGCCAAUUAAUUCAUUAAUAACUCAAAAAGAAAGAAGCUCACCGCACACUUAUUGGACUUUUUGCUCGUUAAUUCAGCGCGAACAAACAAUAGCAAAAAGUAAAAUAAGUGUGUGGUAAACUUCUUUCUAUUUAAGUAUCAAACACUCCUGCGUUUACCAGCACCUAGAAUCUGUGCAUGGAUCUUUGAACUGUUACUUAAUAAUAACUCAUUCACUCACUCACCUCUACUCUGCUCAACUCAACUCAACGCCACUUCGUUGUUAUUGUUUCCUGAUUGGUUGAGCAGCAGUACACUGUUUCACACUAUCUUGCCUUGCCAAGACACCCUGAUAACUUGUAUAAGACUCUAAUACUGUACACUGAAACACACCGAGCACGCAUUAACACUUCUAUGGCACUCUCCAUGCUGUAUGUUUUUAGAGGUUCCUAAGCAGAAGUGUACUGUACAUCCAUUUACUGUAGCAUCUGUGGUCACUAGGGGGCGCUUCAGGAUAAUGAACUAUUCAAACAGAACAGGGCUAAUGGACCAUAACUACCUGACUUCUUACUGAGGGUUUAGUUCUUCCCUGAUACAGGUGUUAGAUACUAUUCUCUAUUUUAUUUUAUUUUGUUUUAUUUUAUUUUUUGUUCCAACAGAAAAAAAACUAUUGACUUAGAGAUGUAGCCAUUCACUAAUGUUAAGCAUUUAAAACUUCAAGAUGAAUUAUUUUCUUGCUUAUAUUAAAAACACAGAUGUUUUUUAAGAACUCCAAAAAAAAAAGUUGUCUUUGGUGGGUUGUUUGUAUGCUUUUGUGAAAUUUUUAAUUGAUCAAUGUGCUUCUAUUUCAUGAACAUGGAUUCCAAAGGCACAUCAUGCCAAGUGUACUGUAUGACAUCAGG